GCAUUUCCUGCCCCGGUUUGAAUUCUAAUGACGUCACAAAGGUAACGGUCGGGCCGCCGGAAGGAGGGAAGCCAUGUUGUGCGGAAGGCUGGGCUGAGCCUCGGAGCCGGGCCGCAGGUAACUCUGAGAGCUGAUAUCUUUGGAAAACUACUGUCAUUUUUCUCCUCUAAUUAUGGAUCAAGACUAUGAAAGGCGUCUUUUACGACAAAUUAAUGUUCAGAAUGAAAAUACAGUUCCUUGUAUAUCAGAAGUUAGAAGAACAUUAACACCUUCCAAUUCACCAGUAUCAUCACCAAGUAAAAGUGGUGACCGCUUUAUUCCAUCAAGAGCAGCAGCUAACUGGAGUAUAAACUUCCACAGAAUAAAUGAAAAUGAAAAGUCACCUAGCCAAAACAGAAAAGCAAAAGAUGUAACGUCUGACACUGGCAAAGACGGACUUGCUUAUUCUGCAUUACUUAGAAAUGAGCUGCUUGGAGCAGGCAUUGAAAAGGUGCAGGACCCUCAGACUGAAGAUAGGCGGUUACAGCCUUCAACCCCUGAGAAGAAAAGCUUAUUUAAGUAUUCUCUUAGCACAAAGCGUGCGAAUCCUGAUGAUGGAAAUGACAUUUCUCCUUAUUCCUUAUCUCCUGUUAGCAAUAAAAGCCAAAAAUUGUUGCGGUCACCACGAAAGCCUACAAGAAAAAUCUCAAAGAUUCCUUUCAAAGUUCUUGAUGCGCCAGAACUGCAGGAUGACUUUUACUUAAACCUGGUGGACUGGUCUUCCUUAAAUGUAUUAAGUGUUGGACUUGGCACCUGUGUAUACCUCUGGAGUGCCUGUACGAGCCAGGUGACCAGACUGUGUGAUCUUUCUAUAGAUGGCGAUUCUGUGACAUCAGUCGGCUGGUCAGAGAGAGGAAAUUUGGUAGCUGUUGGAACGCACAAAGGAUACGUUCAAAUUUGGGAUGCAGCUGCAGGGAAGAAAUUAUCUACACUGGAAGGUCACUCAGCUAGAGUGGGAGCCCUGGCGUGGAAUGCGGAUCAGUUGUCAUCAGGAAGUAGGGACCGUCUGAUUCUCCAAAGAGAUAUUCGCACCCCACCAUUGCAGUCUGAGCGGAGGCUUCAGGGUCACCGGCAAGAAGUUUGUGGUUUGAAGUGGUCGACUGAUCACCAGCUUCUGGCUUCUGGAGGAAAUGACAACAAGCUUCUGGUAUGGAAUAGCUCCACUUCAGGACCAGUGCAGCAAUAUACAGAGCAUCUUGCAGCCGUGAAAGCCAUUGCCUGGUCUCCCCAUCAACAUGGUCUCCUUGCGUCAGGUGGUGGAACUGCAGACCGAUGUAUUCGAUUCUGGAACACCCUCACCUCUCAGCCUUUACAGUGCAUAGAUACAGGUUCCCAAGUGUGUAACCUCGCCUGGUCCAAGCAUGCAAAUGAGCUGGUGAGUACUCACGGUUAUUCACAAAAUCAAAUCCUGGUGUGGAAGUAUCCUUCAUUGACGCAAGUAGCCAAAUUGACUGGGCAUUCGUACAGAGUGCUGUACUUGGCAAUGUCCCCAGAUGGAGAAGCCAUCGUCACUGGUGCUGGAGAUGAAACACUCAGAUUCUGGAACGUUUUUAGUAAAACUCGUUCAACUAAGGAAUCCAUAUCUGUGCUAAAUCUCUUUACGAGGAUACGAUGAAAAUAGAGGAAAUAAUGUUAAAUAGGGAAACUGGCAACAAUCCCAUAACUAUACAAGGAAUUGUUUCAUCAUGCCAGUGCUGAUUAUUUUCAUGUGGAUGGAUCUUAAAGGACUUUUUGAAGAAACUUGCUGCUCAUUCCAAACAGCUCGAACUUUUAAAAAAAAGACUGUUUGCAAUUAUGUCUGUUUACAAAGAACUGUUUGAAAAGACUGCCAAAGUUUUGAAUUAGGUGUAGCUACAGUGCUAUAUUCUAAUUUUCUUUGUACAGUUAUGUAAAGAGCCAGCUACUUUUCAUUGUCAGAUGAAAUGUGAUAUUGAUACAUUUUAUUUAGUGUUAACUGUAAAUAUUUUUGAUGUAGGAAAGGUACAUUAAAUAUAAUGUUGUGUAAAAAUGCAGUGAAAAUGCAUCCCAAGGCUUGAUUGUGGCUUCCAGUGUGCCUAAACACACAGCAUUACCAAAAUUUUCAAAUUAUUAAGCAGGAAGAUUACUAAUAAGUAUUUUGUUAUUACAAAUUGACUACUAUAGAUUAACAUCAUGUUGGACUGCACAAUAGUAUAGUAUUUUAGUAAUAAUUUGGCAGAAAUUCUGAUUAUAAGCAUCCUUUGAAGUAUAAGCCCUACAAUUUGUGGGUAGAUUAAAGUCUUGCUGCUUGUAAUGUUGAAAAUGAUCUUGUCUCAGAAGUAUACAAAUACGGAUGGGAAAGCACUUGAAUUUUGUUAGUUAAAAUUUUAGUGGUCUCCAUUAGCAAGGCUGUUAAUGUUUAUACACUCACUCCUGUAAUUUUAAACCAUCUGUGAUCUUUUACUCUGUAAAUUGCUCUCAUUGUAAUUGUAAAUGAACCUUCUGGCUCAAUGGAUAUGAGUAAAGUUGUUUAAACUGAAAAUUGUUGUUAGCCAAUAUGACUGCAAAUUGUAAUAUGGUCAGGGAGACAUGACAGGUUUUGAAGUUUAGCAGUGUAUACGUCUUUGACACAUUUCAGAACUGGACUUGCAAAAAGUUAAUAGAAAUCAGAAAAUUGCAAACGUGUCUUGGAAUGAUAAGGAUUGUUUUGCUGAUUAUUUUUAUUCCAUUCAGUGAUUUUUUUUUAACAAUAUUUGUGGAUUUUGUGUACUGAGGGCUAGAUAUUUGAAUGGGUCCUGUUUUUAAAAAUAAUUGGGAAAUGAAAACUGUCGACCACACUAGCCCUCUAAUCAGCUGUCCAGCAGUCUACUCUCCAGCACAGUCCCCACAUUUUUUGAUACUCUCUGUCCACAACAUACUCAAUGCUUGUGUGCGGAGUGUAAAAGAGGCUAUUGUAAUGAUCGGUGCUCAAUACCAUUAGUGUAACACAAAAUAAAAGGUCUUCCAUGGAAUCCCUUAUCCUGCGACCAUUUGCCAUAAUUGUAAACAAUUCAGCAAAAGAACUUGGGCUCGAUCUAUCAAGCUUCUUAGUCCCGGGACACUCAUGAUCUAGUCUCCUCUUCCAGAAGAUGAUUCCUUCUUCUCCAGCCCUUUAGCUUUUCCAGCUAUCACCUCUCAGCUGCUUUCUUCAUUUCCCUCUCCUCCCCGUAUCAUCUACCUAUUUUAUUCUGGCAUCUGUCCCCUUCCAGAUGGUCUGCAUCCUAGGGUACUAAAGGAGGUGACCUUGGAAAUUGCAGAUGCAUUGGUAAUCAUUUUCCAAUGUUCCUUAGAUUCAGGAUCAGUUCCUGAGGAUUGGAGAAUGGCUAAUGUUAUCCCACUUUUUAAGAAAGGAGGGAGGGAGAAAACAGAGAACUAUCGUCCUGUCAGCCUAACAUCAGUAGUGGGGAAGAUGCUAGAGUCCAUUAUUAAAGAUGAAAUAGUGGCAUAUUUAGAUAGCAGUGAUAGGAUUGGGCCGAGUCAGCAUGGAUUUACCAAGGGCAAAUCAUGCUUGACUAAUCUAUUGGAGUUUUUCGAGGAUAUAACCAGGAAUUUAGACAAGGGAGAUCAAGUGGAUGUAGUGUACCUCGAUUUUCAGAAGGCAUUUGAUAAAAUCCCACAAAGGAGAUUGGUGGGUAAAAUCAGAGCUCAUGGCAUUGGGGGGAAGAUAUUGACAUGGAUAGAAAACUGGUUCGCAGAUAGAAAGCAAAGGGUAGCGGUGAAUGGGUGUUUCUCAGAAUAGCAGGUGGUGACUAGUGGGGUGCCACAGGGCUCAGUAUUGGGACCACAGCUGUUUACAAUUUACAUCAAUGCUUUAGAUGAAGGCAUUGAGAAUAACAUCAGCAAGUUUGCUGAUGAUACUAAGCUGGGUGGCAGUGUGACAUGUGAUGAGGAUGUUAGGAGAAUUCAGGGUGACUUGGAUAGGCUGGUGAGUGGGUAAAUACUUGGCAGAUGACGUUUAAUGUGAACAAGUGUGAGGUUAUCCACUUUGGGAGUAAGAACAGGAAGGCAGAUUAUUAUCUGAACGGUGUAGAGUUAGGUAAGUGAGAAAUACAAAGAGAUCUCGGAGUCCUUGUUCAUCAGUCACUGAAGGUGAUUGAGCAAGUGCAGCAGGCAGUGAAGAAGGCUAAUGGAAUGUUGGCCUUUAUUACAAAAGGAAUUGAGUACAAGAGCAAGGAAAUCCUUUUGCAUUUGUACAGGGCCCUGGUGAGACCAACUUGGAGUAUUGUGUACAGUUUUGGUCUCUAGGGUUAAAGAAGGGCAUCCUGGCUAUAGAGGAAGUGCAGCGUAGAUUCACAAGGUUAAUUCCUGGGAUGUCUGGACUGUCUUACACAGAGAGGUUAGAGAGACUGGGCUUGUACAUGUUGGAAUUAAGGAGAUUGAGAGGGGAUCUGAUUGCAACAUAUAAGAUUAUUAAGGGAUUGGACAAGAUAGAGGCAGGAAAUAUGUUCCAGAUGCUGGGAGAGUCCGGUACCAGAGGGCAUGGGUUGAGAAUAAGGGGUAGGUCAUUUAGGACAGAGUUAAGGAAAAACUUCUCCCAGAGAGUUGUGGGGGUCUGGAAUGCACUGCCUCAGAAGGCAGUGGAGUCCAAUUCUCUGGAUGCUUUCAAGAAGGAGCUAGAUAGGUAUCUUAUGGAUAGGGGAAUCAAGGGAUAUGGGGACAAGGCAGGAACCGGGUAUUGAUAGUAGAUGAUCAGCCAUGAUCUCAGAAUGGUGGUGCAGGCUCGAAGGGCUGAAUGGUCUACUUCGGCACCCAUUGUCUAUUGUCUUCCUUUCUAGUCCUGAUGAAGAGUCUCAGCCUGAAACAUCAACUGUUUAUUACUCUCCAUUUAUGCAGCUUGUCCUGCUGAGUUCCUCCUGAAUAUUGUUUGUUGCUCUGGGUUUCCAACAUCCGCAGAUUCUCUUACAUUUAAUCUUUUGUUUUGUCAUAGUGCAGUUAUCUCUGAUUCUUUUGAACUUCAAGUAUAGGCCCAUUUUUUUUUUGUUCAUCACUUUGUGAAUCAAUCCUCGGCUCCAAAUGCUUCCCUUUGUCUCCUCUCAAAGGCAAAUGCAGCCUUUCUGAGCUCCAGACGCUGAAACUGCUCACACUAUAUUUUGUGUUACUUGAUCAAGAGAUGUACAAGACUGCCACAUAGUUACAGUAAAAGUCAACAUACCUAGUAUUUUCCUUUUAUGAUGUCUUGUUCUAUCUGCAUGUUAACUUUAGUUCAUGCACAAGGAAACUCCAACCCUUCCACACACCAACAGUUUCCCAUGUUAAUGCUUUUCCAAGUCUUCCAAAAUAUUAACUUCAAAUGUCCAGAAAUAGCACUUAUUGGUGCUGUUAACUACAGGAGUGGAAGCCACUGUGGUCUUCUGCUCCUGUAACACAUCACUUCAAAGUUUGAUGUGUUGUGCUUUCAAAGUACAUUUAUUAUUGAAGUAUAUGUACUAUAUACAACCCAAUAGAACUCAGAAAUAAAAAUAGUCAAACAGUGACGUGUUCUUCUGCAAAUCACUGGUGUAAUGCAUGGUUGCUUCCUGUCAGCUUGAGCCUGUGGGACCAUUCUCCAUAAGACAUCGGAGCAGAAUUAGGCCAUUUGAUCAUGGCUGAUCCAUUUCCUUCAAACUCAUUUUCCUGCCAUUUCCCUGUAACUUUCAUGCUCUGACUUAUCGAGAAUCUAUCAACACUGACUUAAAUACAGUACACUCAAUGACCUGGCCUCCACAGCUGCCUGUGGCAAUGAAAUCCACAGAUUCAGCACCCUCUGAUGAAAGAAACUCCUUUUCAUCUGUGUUCUGAAUGGACAUCACUCUUUUCUCUGGUUGUAUCCUCUGAUCCCUCACUAUAGGAAACCACCUCUCCACAUGCACUGUCUCUAGGUCUUUCACCAUUCCAUAGGUUUCGAUGAUAUUCUCCCUCCCCCUUUUCUCCUUAAUUCCACCAAGGACAGGCCCAGAGCCAUCAAAUGCUCCUCAUAUGAUAAGCCUUUCAUUCCUGGAAUAACUCCCAUGAACCUCUAUUGAACCCCUCCACUGUCAGUAUAUCCCUUGGAUAAGAGGCCCAAUACUGCUUAUGGUGCUCCAACUAAGGCCUCACCACUCCCUUAUAAAGCAACAGCAUUACAUGCUUGUUUUUAUAUUCUAGUCCUCUGGAAAUUAAUCGGAACAAUGCAUUUAUCUUUCUCACCACCAGCUCAACUCCUGCAUGAGGACUCCCAAACACCAUUGCACCUCGGAUUUUGAAUGUUAUGUCUGUUUGGAAAAUAGUCUAGGCUUUUAUUCCUUCUACCGACACGCAAGACUAUCCACUUCCUGACACUGUAUUCCAUCUGCCACUACUUUGCCCAUUUUCCUCAUCUAAGUCCCUCUGAAGCCUCCCUGCUCCCCCAACACUACCUGCCUCUUCACCUAUCUUUUUACUGACCACAAGGCCAUCAAUUCCAUCAUCCAAAUCAUUGGCAUAGAACGUAAAAAGUGCUCGCAAGAUCCUUAUCAAUUGACUCUCAACAUCUUCCCAACCACCAAGGUCAGUCUAACUGGCUUAUAAUUUCCUUUUUUUUUGCCUCGCUCCCUUCUUGAGUGGAGUGGCAUUUGCAAUUUUCCAUUCCUCCAGAGCCAUGCCAGAAAAUAUUGAUUCUUGAAAGAUCAUUAUUAAUGCCUCCACUAUCUAUCUCUUCAGCUAAUUCUUUCAGAACCCUCUGAUGUAGUCCAUCUGAUCAAGAUGACUUGUCUACCUUCAAACCUUUCAGCUUCCCAAGCACCUUCUCCCCAGUAAUGGUAACUGCACUCACUUCUGCCCCCUGACACCUUUGAACUUUCUGUAUAGCACUAGUGUCUUCCACAGUCAUGACUGGUACAAAAUACUUAAUCAGUUUGACCACUAUUUCCUUGUCCACCAUUACUAAAUCUCCAACAUCAUUUUCCACUGGUCUGAUACUACUCCCGUUUCUUUUACACUUUACAUAAAUCUGAAAACUCUUUUAGUAUCCUCUGAUAUUAUUGGCUAGAUUUCAUCUUUUCACUCCUUGUAUCUUUUUCAGUUGCCUUCUGUUGGUUUUUAAGAGCUUCCCAAUCCUUUAACUUCUUCCACUAAUUUUUGUUCCAUUGUGUGCCCUUUCUUUGGUUUUUAUGUUGGCUUUCACUUCCCUUGUCUGCCACAGUUUUGUCAUCCUACCUUUAGAAUACUUCUUUGGGAUGCACCUAUCAUACACCUUACAUAUUGGUCCCAGAAACUCCAGCCAUUGAUGCUCUGCUGGCGUCUUGUUCCAAUCAACUUUUGCCAGUUCCUCUGCUUUUGUAAUUCCCUAUACUCCAUUGUAAUACACAUUUGACUUUAACUUCCCCCUCUCAAAUUGCAGGGAGAAUUCUAUCAUAUGAUCACUAUCUCCUAAGGGCUCCUUUACCUUAAGCUCCCUAAUCAAAUCCAGUUUAUUACACAACACCCAAUCCAGAAUAACUGAUCCUCUAAUGGGCUGAACCAACCACUAGCUACUCUAAAAUGCCAUCUCAGGCAUUCUACAAAUUCUCUCUUGGUAUCCAACGUCAGCCCCAAUCUGAUUUUCCCAAUCUUCCUGCAUAUCGAAUAAUCCCCCACGACUAUUGUAACAUUGACAAGUGUUUUCUAUCUCCUAUUGAAAAGUGUAGCCCAUAUCCUACCUACUGUUCAGAAGCCUGUAUAUAGCACCCUUUGGUUCCUUAAUCCACAGCAAUUCUACAUCUUCUAAUCCUAUGUCACCUCUCUCUAAAGAUUUGAUUUCAUUUUUUUUUACCAACAGAGCCACACCACCACUCUGCCUGUCCUUUUGAUACAAUGUGUAUCCUUGGAUUUUAAGCACUCAACUAUAAUCAUCUUUUAGUCGCUACUCAGUGAUGGCCAUAACAUCAUACCUGCCAACCUCUCCUCUGACCUCAUUAAGAAAGCAUUUUUGCCCAUGGAGCUGGCAUUCACUGGAUUUUUUUGUUUGUUUUCUUGCUCCAUUCUCUGUAAACUCUAGAGACUGUUGUGCUUGUAAACUCCAGGAGAUCAGCAUUUGAUGAGAUACUCAAAACACCUUGUCUGGCACCAACAAUUAUUCCACGAUCAAAGUCAUUUAGAUCACAUUUCUUCCCCAUUAUGACACUUGGUCAGAACAAAAACUGAACCUCUUGAUCAUGUUUGCAUAAUUUUAUGCAUUGAGCUGCUGGCACAUGAUUGGCUGAUAUUUGCGUCAACAAGCAGGUGUCCCUAAUAAAGUGGCCACUGAGUGU